AUGGAGCCAGCUUUGUCAAUGUUUCUGGCAGUUGCAGCCAUUCUGCCGUUUUUUGGUGUGUUUUCGGCUGUUGCGACCCCGGUUGCACUUGCUGGUCCAAAGGUAUCAAGCGAUGGGCAAAUUGAAGUGCUUCUUAGCAGCAUGACCCUAAAAGAGAAAGCAGGGCAGCUGAGCCUCUUUGCUCGGCCUUGGGGCUCUGACUUUAACGGUGAGAGUCCCCGUUGGAAUACAACCCUUAAGUGGAUCCGUGCUGGCCAAGUUGGUGGCCUUUUCAAUGGCGAAAGGGUAAAGACCAACAGAGAAUUGCAACGGAUCGCAGUGGAAGAAUCCCGACUUGGCAUUCCUUUGAUCUUUGGUGCGGACAUUUGGCAUGGCAUGUGGACCAUCUUCCCUGUGCCUCUGGGGGAGGCUGCCUCAUGGGAACCAGAGUUGGCUUACCAAACAGCUCGGGCAGCUGCAAAAGAAGCGACUGCUUCGGGAUUGAUGUGGACGUUUUCCCCCAUGGUUGACACUGCCAGAGAUCAACGCUGGGGUCGCAACAUCGAAGGUGCUGGCGAAGAUCCUUUUCUUGGUGAAGCUUUUGCACGUGCAAGGGUGGAAGGAUUUCAAGGGCCUGAUUUGAAGUCACCGGAUAGUUUGGCAGCUUGCUUGAAGCACUUUGCUGGAUACGGAGGUGCUUUAUCUGGACUUGACUACAGUGAAUCAGACAUGUCCGAGAGCACAUUUCGGGAUGUGUUUCUACCUCCUUUCAUCGCUGGCAUAAAAGCAGGUGCCCUUUCCAUCAUGAGCGCAUUCCAAGCCCUUGGGGGUGUACCAGUCACAGGGAAUCAUUGGCUGCUAACGGAGGUGUUACGUGAUGAGUUGGGCUUUCAAGGCUUUGUGGUGACCGACUACGAAGCUGAUGGCCAGUUGGUGAAUCAUGGCUUUGCUGCUAAUGGGUCAGAUGCAGCCAAGAUAUCUUUGUCAGCUGGUGUGGACAUGAGCAUGCAAAGUGGCAUUUUCCAAGAGCAUUUGCCCCAGCUCGUGUCCGAUGGCCUGCUGUCAUUGGAUAGGCUGGAUGAGGCAGUGAGACGAAUACUGCGUGCAAAGGCAGCCAUGGGAUUGUUUGACAAUCCUUACAGAUCUUUGGAUCCAACUAAGAGCUGGCCAAAUGCAACAAUGAUUCAAGAGCACGAUGCCCUGGCGCGUCAUGCUGCUCGGAAAUCCUUGGUUCUGCUGAAGAAUGAUGGAGCGAUAUUGCCCCUCAAGAAGUGUUGCCAAAAGAUCGGCGUGAUUGGAUGGUGGAUCAACUCCAAGGAUUUAGAUGGAGUUGGCGUCGUAUGGGGCAACAGAUCGCACGGAGUCACCUUGAUGGAAGGCCUACGAGGUGCCGUCCAAAAUCAGUCUUUGCUGCGCGCCACCAAGGGUUCCGGUGCUGAUGAAGAGAUCAAAGGCGGUUUGGAGAAAGCUGCCGCAGUAGCCACCUGGGCAGAUGUUGUGAUCCUGGCAUUGGGUGAGACUUCACUUCAUUCCGGGGAGUCCAGGUCACGCACUGAGAUCACAAUCCCAGAAGUCCAACAAGAUUUGGCCGAAGCUGUGGCAAAAGCAGUCCAAAAGGUUGGAAAGCCAAUGAUCAUUCUGUUGAAGAAUGGCAGAGCUUUGGAGCUUCGUGGAGCUGUGAAAGAUGCUGGAGCAAUCAUGGUCACCUGGUUCCUGGGAAAACAAACUGGGCAUGCCAUUGCGGAUGUGCUGUUUGGAGACUACAGCCCAUCUGGCCGUUUGCCAAUCAGUUUUCCAAUGGCAAGUGGACAGCAGCCGUGGUACUACAACCACAUGUCUUCAGGUCGCCCUUGCACGUGGGGUAGAUCUUACACGAACUGUUUCUUGGACGUCCCUGAUUUGGCGCUAUACCCCUUUGGUCACGGCUUGACAUAUGCAAAGGUCAACUACACUACUCCCAGACUUAGUCAUUUACGCCUGCCCUGGAAUGGAAGCCUCUCAAUAGCAUGCAACGUUACGAAUGUUGGACACCGAGUUGCAGAAGAGGUUGUUCAGCUUUAUGUUCAUGAUCAAGUUGCGAGCCGCGUGAGGCCCGUGCGAGAGUUGAAGGGCUUCAAGAAAAUUAUCCUGGAACCUGGGGAGACACAGCAAGUUGAUUUCACAUUAGUUCGUCAAAAUCUUCUUUUCGCUUCUGCAGCUCACUCAAGGCAUAGCGAGACCUACACUGUGGAAGCAGGUCUCUUCACCAUUUGGGUGAAGGAGUAUCUUCAUCCAAGCCUCCUUUGCUGGAAGAAGAAUUUGGAAAGGCUCAGCUUUCUGAUGUCAGUUGCAAAUCGCUUUCCAAAUUCCCUGGUUCUUAGCAGAUCGCAUUGGUACCAGAAGGACGCAGCGCGGAACCCAGGAACCCUGGUUUUCGAAGCAACUGCCGCUCUGCAACUGCAGUGCCGCCUGCGAGUUGUGAUCGCCACAAACAUUUUGGUACAGUGCGCCGACGAUCUGGAGCAAAUGUUGGCGAGUUCCCAAGGUCAUUUCAAUGCAAGCUGUCCUUCGGGCAUCGCCAUGGGGGCAGCUAUUGCGAUGGCGACAGAGACGGUCUGCGCCGGUGAGACCGAGUCGAACCGGAGGUUCACAAGCCCCGGCGUACUUCUGGCUAUCAUCGCUCUCUUGGCCUGCGUUGUCUUCCUGCUGGACGGCGCUUCAGUUAGCGAUGCCAACAGACAAGGGCUGCCAGUUCCUGAGCGGGACACCCAAAAGGCAGUGCUGGACUUCCAUGCAGCGAUGCUCAAGAAUAUGUCUAUGAGAGUGCAAACUGCAGAGCAAGCCCUGCUAGACUUGCGUCAGGCACAUUUGGAUCUCAGGAAAAAACAUGACGAGGCCACAGCGUUGCGCCGGGCCACUCGCGCUGUGGCACAACGUGGAGGCGGCCCGCCUCCAGCGCCAGAAGCAUCUCCAGCAGCGCCUGAAGAGGCUACAGAAGAAGCUCAACGAUCCGAAGUCGCUGAAGACAUUGAUGGUGAGGAUCAGGAUGGGGCUGAAGGGCCUGCAUCAGAGGAGCAACAGAAGGCCGAAGAGGAGGAGCAAAGAAAGCUAAUCGGAUACAAUGAGGUGACAAAGACCUUCAAGCGUUUCAGGCCUGAUUUCAAAUGUGGCAGCCGUGUGCCCUUGCUGCCGGACGAUGAAGUUGUUGAAUGCGACCGUUUGAGCCACAUUGAUGGAGUCAGGAAGAAUCCUGUCUCGAUCGCUGAUUGGCAGAGCCUGAGAACUGUAGGUGUGCCACUUGCAUCGACUACCGAAAAGAGACCGGUGGUAGCCAAAUCAAUUCCAAGCGUUGAGCCAAGCUGGCUCAAGCGUUUCCAUUUGAAGGUUCUCCAAAGACAAAGCUUUGGAUUGCCUGACUUGCAUUUGCCAUUGGUUGUGCUGGUGAGCUUGGUGACCAAAAGUUCUUGGGAUGCAGUUGCAGGUGGAACGGACUUCGUAGCUGUGCUUUGUCGUAAUUUGGGAGAUUCGAAGGCUUAUCACACCUCCGUGAAAGUUGACGACCUAGAGUACUCCUUCAGCGGAGAUGGGAUUGUAGUCGGAAAAGGCUUGGCAAGCCACAUGCGCCUUCCUGACAAACCACAGGUGGCCUACAUGGGCCUCACGAGUCUAUCUGGUGAUGCUAUGAAGAAACACCUCACCGGAUUCUUCAAGCGAGGUUCCUACGAUCUUUUGCGGAAAAAUUGCAAUUCCUUCAGCGACUGCGCCCUGUACUUUCUUCUGGACAUGCGCCUGGAUCCAACGUACAAAGGCUUGGAGCAGCUGGGCCAUAUGGCGGAUAGACAGGCAGGCAUUGUCCAGGCCAUCACUGAGGGAAACUACCGGCCAAAUCCAAGUGCGGAUACCUUCAGUGUAGCAGUGACAAUCUCUGCAAUCAACAAGCUGAAGGAUUCACCAAGCUUUGGCUUUUCCUGA